UGUUGCACUUCAACCAAUUGUUCAUUUUUCUCUUAUCAGCUUUCAUCCACUCGCGAUGCUCGAUUCAACAGGAAGCAUAAAUCGAAUUAUGACAAACUGAUUGUGGCGCUCAUCGAAGUGGAAAAUUGCUUCAGAUGUGAAACUUUUUUCUUCCCCCUUCAUGGAUAUCGCUUAACUCCAUUUGCCAUCAGAAUGUCCGCCCAGCCGAACGUGGUUUCCCUCGAGCAGCUUGACAAGGACUUUCAAAGCAUUUUGGAGUCCGUCGAACAGUUGAACCUCCCGAAAGUGGACGUUUACAGUGUAUUUGCACCUCUCAGGUGGCAUUUGUUUAGAAGGAAGUGGAUUAAACGGUUUAAAUGGUGUCUUUUGCUUGUGGUUUUGUCGUUGGCGAUUUAUUACGUGCCAAUUUUGAACUGGAACGCGUCGGCAGUGGGAAGACUAGUGAUGGUUCAGGUUCUACCGUUCUGGGAUUGGAGACCGCUGCACAACGAAAAAUGCUUGGUGAAGUCAUUUUUUAGUUCAAAAGUUGAAAGUCGCAGUGAAUCUCGGUUUGAAAAUUCCCCUUUCUUUGAGGAGUGUGCAGUUUGUGAAAAUAUUGAAUCCAUCUCGAAACACGAAAAAGUUUCUUAUGAUUUCCUGUACGAGAAACAUAUGCUAAGAAGUCUACCGGUGGUCAUAACGGAUUCACAUCGGCACUGGAAGGACAGAUCGUGGGAAAAUGUGUCAAAUUUCUUGGAAUCAAUCGAGCCUAUUCUGCUCAACAACCCUUGUAAUGUGCAAACCAACUUGAUUCUGGACCAGGGCCGAAGAAAGGACAACAAAUACGCAAACUUACUCGACAUCCUAAUCUCAUCCACCAGCAACGAUUCCUGGUUUCUGCACUUUAGAAAUUGUCAGCUCAAAACGGUCAAAACCACCAGGCUUCUCUUCGAAAGACCAUAUUUUUACGCGCCCCACCUGGAAAUGCCCUACACCACGUGGUUGUUACUCUCAAGCCAAUAUCACUCAAAAGGUACGAAAUCACUGAAAAUGGACGGAUUGGUCAUCGUGAUGCAGUUGAAGGAAACGCUCAAAGUGAGGCUGGUGCCGAAAGGGGAGUGUGUCGAGGUUUGCAGUGUGCUGGAUGUGGAGCUGAGCGAUGGAGAAGCAUUGUUGUUUUCGACCAAUUUGUGGAAAUUUCAGUACAAGCCGUUUAUGGAGAAUGGUACCGCGAUAACGUUCAUUACGGAAACGUAUGAAAAUUAACGAUAAUAAAUAUGGGUUGUGUGUCGAUAACUACUUACUUACUUACUUUCACAUUCUUUAAAAAACCGAUGACGCAAUAAAUUCAAUUGUUA